AUCUUAUCUUUCCACAUCUUUAUCUGCUCAACCCAAAAGCCAUCUCUCCAAUGGCUUAUCGUCACCCUCAUCAAUUCCCACUCAUUCCCACCCUCCUCAUCUCCCUCCUCUUCACCACCAUCACCACCACUCUAGCUAAAGUCCCCCCAAACCAAACCUUCCAUUUCGUAAACCAAGGCGAAUUCGGAGACAGAAUAAUCGAAUACGACGCCGGUUAUCGCGUAAUCCGCAACAAUGUCUACACCUUCUACACCUUCCCCUUCCGCCUCUGCUUUUACAACACCACCCCCGACUCCUUCGUCUUCGCAAUGCGCGCCGGCAUUCCCAACGACGAGAGUUUGAUGCGGUGGGUGUGGGACGCCAACCGCAAUGACCCUGUCGGUGAGAAUGCCACCCUCUCCUUUGGAGAGGAUGGCAACUUCGUCCUCGCCGACUUUGACGGCCGACUCGUCUGGCAGACCAACACUGCCAACAAGGGUGUCACCGGAAUUAAGCUACUCCCCAAUGGUAACUUAGUCCUUUUCGAUAAGAACGGUGCGUUCGUAUGGCAAAGCUUUGAUCACCCUACUGUUUGA